UUCACCAGCCAUCUCCUAAGAGCAAACCUCACCAGUCAGGCCCGAGUCAAAGGAUCAAAACGAAGCGGAUUACUUUCUCUUCUAGUUUGACUUCCAUUGCAAUAGUGAGAGAUUGAACAGGACUGUCUCUAGAAGGAAAGUUGACAUUCAUGUUACUUCAGCCUUUGUGAUUGGAUUAUCUGGAAGUCUGCCUCUGCAUACUGUGGAUUUCUGCUUUGACAUUUCAACCACUUGGAAUAAGCACUGAAGUCUUGAGUUCUGGAGCCUCUGGAUUUGACCUACAAUGAACUCUGAUUUUCAGGGACUGAGGAAUAGUUUCACUAUAACAUUGGGGUUUUUUUAAGACUCUUGACCUUGGAAGGAACCAUUGGGAAAAACAAAUCUUCAAGCAGUCCAAGCAAAAACCUUCUAAAAGAUCUAGCAGCCAAGGCUGCUCCUGACCUGGGGACAUGUACCACAACCCUCUCAUCUACUGUACCUGCUGGGACCCCUGGAACUUGGGACCACGGAAGCUAAUCAAGACCCUUCAGCCACCAAACAAGGCCCCUACCAGGAAGUCCAAGUUAACUCCUCUUCUACCGGCUACAAAAGAACAGAAUUACCUCCAAUCCCAACCAUCAACAAAACCUGUUGAUGUCCCAAAAGUGAAAACCAACGUAGGAAGGCAAGAGGAGGGUUGUAAGUCACCUUAUGAAGUGAUCAAUGUGUCACCUGGCUAUCAACUUGCCCGGAAUCGGGAACAGAUUUCUGUCACCUUGGGGGAUGAAAUGUUUGGUAGGAAAAAGCGGUUGGAAUCUGAGAUGAUGGACAAAUUCAACAUGUCCAGGACCAAUAUAAUUAGUGACCUUGAAGAGCAGAUCUCAGAGCUGACAGCAUUAAUAGAACAGAUGAACAGAGAUCACCAGGCUGACCAGAAAUUGCUUUUUAAUGAAAUGGAACUCCAGUGUGCUGAGAUGAAACAGAACUUUGAAAACAAGAACAGGGAGCUCAGAAAGGCUCACAGAACAGAGCUCAGUGAGUUAGAGAACAAGUACAAAGAAGCGUUGAAGGCAGAGAAGGCAGCUUCCCGGGGAAAACUAGAGGAGAUGGAAAAGGAGUAUAAGUAUUUGAAGAAUAUGUUUCAUAUGUAUCAGGACAGCAUUUAUGAUGAAAUAGAAGAAAAAUGGUCAAAGCGGAAAGCAGAAUGGGAGAAGGAUGAGAAGUUGGAGAGGGAAAAGAUCCUGCUGCAACAGAAACACAAGAUGACAAAAAAGUUCGAGUUAGAGUCAGAAGAAGAAAAAAAGAAAAUAACUGAAUCCUACAGUGCUUCCAUUGAGAACCUCAUUAGCGAGAAGGAGGAGCUCUUGAAACAACAUGAAAGCGACACCCUGCAAUUACAGGAGCUGAGUAAGACCAAAGCGAUCAUGGAGGAAGAGUUGCAUGCACAAGCUAUUAUUCUAGAGUCGCUUAACGCGCACCUCUACCAAACACAGAUGGAACUCCAGAAAGAGAAAGCCACAGUGGGAAAUCUUGAGAAGAUGUUCCAGAUCAAGCUUGCUGAAGCUAAUGAAAAGCAUAAGCACACCAUAGAGAGCCUGACAGAGGAAAACCUUCUUCUAAGGCAAAAGAUUGCCAAGAAUGGAGAAGAAGUUUAUGAAAGACAAUCUGGAACCUUGCCCUCUUUAGCCAGUUAUGAGUAUAAUUAUGAUUAUGACAUUGAAUAUGGCAACAAAAAACAAGAAUCAUAAACAAAAAGUUGUUCUCCUUGGCCAAAGAUGGUAGGAACACCAUCCCUAAAGCCUAUGGAACUCCUGGGGGGUGGGGUGGGCGGAGAGGGUUUCUUGAGAAAAUGCAUAUGAUUAGUUGAGUUCUUGGGUUGUUCUGACUAUGUUUUUGUCUUUUCACAAUUUGCUUUUUUUCUGAAUGGGAAUGUUUAAAUUCUCAAUAGCAGAGCUUCUCAUCGACUCUUCAUUAAAAAUAGAUGUUAUCUAUCCUGAAGCUGAUCUCUCUCUGGGCCUUGUACUCUUUUCUCUUGUGCAUUUUACACAUUUUAUUAGAAAGAGACUGAUUUGAAGGCACCCUUCCUAUCAAAUGUUGACUGUAUGUUGGGCUACAUCUUUUGUCCCCCUCUGUAGCUAGCAAGACAGAUAACUCUUUGACUUGACUUCAAUACUUUAUUCUGUUAUAUACAUAUGCCUGCAUUCUCCGACCUUCCAACCAUGUUCCCGAACCUAUCACCUAGGAAGAGUAUCUGAAGAUUCUUGCUGCCUUCUCUAAACCAUCACCAGAAUUCAAAUGCCCCCCAGGGUAGGCAAUAUAAAUCAACGAAAAUGUCUGGAUGUAAGGUAAAAUGGUCACACUGGCAGGGUGAUAAAUGGCCAUUGACAGCAGCCCCUUGGAGAGGUGCCUGGGUGGGGAUGGAGAGAGGACUGGGGAAAGCAGAGCCACACCUGGCUGGAGAGAGGUGCUUUUCAGACCUCUACGAUUGCUACCACACAGUUACCUGGGGUCAAUGUUAUCAGACAUUCUCAAUUUUCAAAAAAAGAUAUUAUGGGUUUUAUGUGAUAUCUCCUGUUUUUUAAAUGUUGACAGUAAACGUUAAAAACACAGCCUGUGGGAGCCAAUAUUGGGAGACUCAAGUAAAACAAGUCUAUGACCAGAAUGUUUUCC